UGUGUGUGUGUUUUUUUUUAAAAAAAUUAUUUCUAUUCAUUCAACUCCCCCUUUCCCUCUUCAGCAGCCUCUCUUAUUCCUCUAUUUAAAGCCACCCAAAUAUCAGACUCCAAAUUAUCAUUCUUCACUCAUUCGAAGGAACAAAAAAAUGGGUUCUAACAAGCCUUACAUUGUUGUAUUUUUCAUUCAAAUCACCUUCGCCGGAAUGAGCUUAAUGUCAAAGGCCGCCUUUGCUGCUGGUAUGAACACUUAUAUCUUUCUCUUCUACCGUCAAGCUGCUGGCAGUAUUAUCUUAGUUCCACUAACUUUGAUCUUAAAAGGGAAGGAGAAGAGGCCAUUGUCUUUGAAGCAUCUCUGCCAAAUUUUUGUCAUUUCAUUGAUAGGGAUUACUCUCGCCCUGGAUGCCUAUGGAGUGGCUAUUAAUUACACAUCAGCAACAAUUGGAGCUGCCGCAUUCAAUUGUGUUCCUGUCACUACAUUCUUUUUUGCUGUUUUGUUAAGGAUGGAGAAGGUGAAUCUAAAGAAAGCAGCAGGAAUAGCAAAGGUAGUGGGGAUAAUGAUAUGCAUAACGGGUGCAUCCAUUCUUGCUUUGUACAAAGGACCCUAUUUGAAGCCACUUUUCACUCACCAACUUUUCCACCAUAUCCAUUCUCAACCCCACCAUUCUCUUAAUUCCCAUACCAAAUGGAUGAUCGGUUGUUUUUUCCUCCUCGUCACUAGCAUUUCUUGGGGCAUUUGGUUUGUUCUCCAGGCUCGAUUCUUGAAGGGGUAUCCUCACCCAAUGGAGUUCAUGUGCAUGCAAACAUUGAUGAGUAUGGUUCAAAGCUUUAUCGUAGCCAUUGUAAUGGAAAGAGAUCCUUUUGAGUGGAAAUUGGGUUUCAACAUUAGACUCUUUGCUGUACUCUAUUGUGGUAUAUUGGUAAUUGGAGUUGCAAAUAAUGCCCAAUGUUGGGUAAUAAGAGAGAAAGGUCCAGUUUUCCAAGCCAUGACUACACCUUUGAAUUUAAUUGCAACAAUAAUCGGUUCCCAAUUUCUCUUUCCCGAUGGAACUUACUUGGGAAGUAUCAUAGGUGCAUUCUUGUUAGUAACGAGUCUUUACUGUGUUUUAUGGGGAAAAAACAAAGAACUUGUUACACCUUCAAAUGACGGUCAACUAUCUCCUCCACAAAAAGAGACAAAAGAAUCGACAUGUCCAACAGAAGUCAACUCCUCAUUAGUUUAACAUCAAUUACAUUUUAUCUCAUUUGUUGUUCAAUUAAUGUUUAGCUUUUGAUGCUUAAUUAAUUAGGUUUUAGUUCGUUCUUAUUUGCAUUUUGUUAUUAUAUGCAAUAAUAUGCACCUUAUCAGUUUCAAUAUAUAAAUAUGAUUAAAUACAUUGUCAACCUUUGUUACCUUUGGAAAAAAGAAAAAAAAACAAGUUAAAGAUGGA